AUGGCCGACAUCCAGACUGAUGCUGGGCUUGCAACCCUGCCUCGUUCCAGGUGUGCUGAAAGCUGUCGCCCUGGCUAUGCCAAAAUGAUGCAGGAAGGAAAACCCAUUUGCUGUUAUGCUUGUCACCCAUGCUCGGAAGGGACAACCUCCUCUCAGGAAGAUGCAGAUCAUUGCCAGGUGUGUCCAGAUGAUCAGUAUUCAAACAAGGACCAAGAUCAAUGUGUCCCCAAGGUUAUAACCUUCCUGUCCAAUACAGAAACCUUGGGGAUCAUCCUAAUUUCCUUUUCCUUAUUCUUGUCCCUCACUACAGCUUUUGUGUUAGGAAGCUUCAUUAAAUACCUAGAAACUCCAUUAGUCAAAGCCAACAACCGGGACCUCUCCUACAUUCUCCUAAUCUCCCUCUUACUUUCCUUUUUGUCCUCUUUUCUGUUCAUUGGACAACCAGGGAAGGCUACCUGCCUUCUUCGUCAAACUGCCUUCAGCGUCAUCUUCUCAGUUGCGGUCUCCUCUGUGUUGGCAAAAACUAUCACUGUCAUAUUGGCCUUUAUGGCCACCAAGCCAGGGAACAGGAUGAGAAGAUGGCUGGGGAAGAGUUUGGCCAACUCCAUUGUCAUUUCUUGCUCCUGUAUUCAAGUUGGUAUCUGCACCAUCUGGCUGGGAAUCUCUCCACCAUUCCCAGAAUCCAACAUGCACUCCCAACCUGGACAGAUCAUCUUGCAAUGUAACCAAGGGUCUGUUGCCAUGUUUUAUGGUGCCCUUGGCUACAUGGGCUUCCUGGCUGCCAUCUCUUUGACAGUGGCGUUCCUAGCCAGGAAGCUGCCUGGGGCAUUCAACGAAGCCAAGUUGAUCACCUUCAGCAUGUUGGUCUUCUGCAGUGUCUGGGUGUCCUUUGUGCCCACCUACCUGAGCACGAAGGGGAAAUACAUGGUGGCCGUGCAGGUCUUCUCUAUAUUGGCCUCCAGUGCUGGUUUUUUGGGUUGCAUCUUUAUCCCCAAAUGCUUCAUUAUUCUACUGAGGCCUGAUCUCAAUACAAAGGAGCAUCUAAUGAUGAAAUCUAAAGAUGGAAUAUGAUCUUUACUAGGGAUAUGCACAAAAUGGAUUUUGCAUUUUGUUUUGAGCUUGAAUCAAAAUGCAGAGGACCUGAACAUUUCAUCAAAACAGCAGUCAACCUUUCUUUCUUUCUUUUUUUAAUGGAUAAGACUUCAAAAUGUUUUGAGUGUUUCAGCCAUAGGGAACAAUUGGGAAACUUGGAACACCCCACCAUAGUGGGUUGGAUGGUAGGGCACAUUGGUUGCUUCCUACUACCACUCAACCCAUAAACAAAAUGGGCAAGCAGGUGAUUUUUAAGAAUUUUUUAUCCUUUUCCCCAAAACUCUGUGGAGAUCUCUCU